GAGUGGGCGUGGACGCUGACGAUGGUGGUGAAUUUGGAUACCCGAAGAGGCAGGCACAGGCUCAUCAGUCGGUGUUUGAUGCCGCGGGGCAGAUAGAGCAGUCGUCCCACUACUUCGUUCUGGAGGACAAAGGCGGAGCCUGCGUCCCGUAACUCUGUCUUUGGACGGCCGCUCUAGAAAGUAUGGUCAGACAUGGCUGUGCAGCUCCACCUGAUGGACACAAUACUAAAAGAAGCGAAGAGACGAGUACAAGGAAGCAGUCUUGAAGAAGAAGACACGAUCGCCGGGACAAGACCUUUAUUAGCCUGAAGUUUCGGAUUCCUGCUCGAAUCCAUCAUCAGAGACAAAAGCAGAUAAGGGUAGUUCAUGCAUAUGCGGCUGCAGUAUUUGUAGGAUGCAGUAGACAUGCCGAACUACAAUACCUCCGACGGGUCUUCAAAGCCAAUGGCUACCCACACAACUUCGUCAACCGGCGCAUACGCAAAAGGGACGAAAGGCCUAACCGCACAGACACCAAAGUUUGGCGAGCGCUUCCAUAUGUCAAGAACGUUUCGGAAGCUGUUGGCCGCCUUCUCGCACCACUUGGGGUUGGAGUUGCACACAGGCCGGAGGCAACCAUCAGGCGUCAGAUGAUGAAACCACAAGACCCACUGCCACAGCAAAAAACGUCUGGACUCGUUUAUCGGAUCUGGUGCAGUUGUGGACAAAGCAACUACGUCGGAGAAACCGGAAGACAACUCCAAACGCGAAUGGCCGAACACGCGGCAGCGGUGCGGAGAAAUGACGCUAGCUCUCAAGUUGCGGCUCAUUCGACGGGUUCCGGCCACAAAUUCAAAUUUGACGAGGCCGAAAUUCUAGCAAGAGGUGACAACCGCGUGAGCCGGGAGCUGCUUUAGGUUGAGGUUAGGGAGCUGCUUGAGUCAUGGUUUACUGGCCCUCAGUCUAUGCACAAGUGCAAUGAUCUUCCCAUUCAAUACUCCGGGCUGAGACUUCGUCUAGGCGGAGUAGUUGGCCACGCGGGGUGCGCCCAGGUGAACACUCUUCCCAACACCCGGGUCAGCGCGUCAGAUGGUCGAGCAAUCAUCAAACCAACAUCCAACGCACGUGAAGAAAUUGCAGCAAUUAACGACGCGAACGUCGGUCAUCACGCCACGUGCAACGAUCCAUGAUGAAGGGGGGGGGGGGGGAGAGCCGUGAAUAUUCAUAGGUAUGCGGUAGCAUGGCUACUGCAUCCUAUAAAUACUGCAGCCGCAUAUGCAUGAACUACCCUUAUCUGCUUUUGUCUCUGAUGAUGGAUUCGAGCAGGAAUCCGAAACGUCAGGCUAAUAAAGAUCUUGUCCCGGCGAUCGUGUCUUCUUCUUCUUCUUCAGGACACAAUACUGUUGGGGUUGGGGAUAGGAGUCCGGGUUAGGGAUUAUGGUUAGGGGCUAGGGUUAGGAGUUAAGGUUAGAGGCCAUGGGUUAGGGUAAGGGGUUAGGGUUAGAGCAGCUACUUCCCAACCACUCUAAGUACGACCGCGCUUUCCCAAUAAAUAAAUAAAAUUUAUUUAAGACCCUUGGGGGUCCCAUCAUUGCAAGUAAAAAUAAAUUUUCAAGUAAGUUUUACAAGACGUAGACAGAUUCUGUACAUUAUACAGUUUUCGGUUGUGGAAUAAACAGUUAGACUUAAAAACGGUCAGCUAGCAGUAAAAAAACUGAUGAAAAAGACAAAAUGUAUAUGAAUUGUUUAGUUUUAGGGAGAAAAAAGUGCCGUUCAUGAAAGGAAAAAUAUGCGGGUCGAACAUGACUGGCCCGAAUAUGGUAUUGGAUAAGGGAUUGAAAAACCUAAAUCGUCAAGGCAUAGCUUCCUAAAUCAGACGAGGUAAUCCGCCUCGAAGAGGCAAGAUAGGGGGACUUAGACACAAUCGGACACAGUCCGCUUAGAGUCCAGCCGGAGAUGGGACAUUAAGCGCAAGGGCGGUAAUCGGAGCGUAGAGCGGAGAAUGCGAACCUGAGAUCUCUCUGCUGACCGACCAACCCACAAGCAAAUGGCGAAAGCAGAGGAUUCACGUUGUGAUCGUCAACAGACCAUUCGGGGUCGAAAUGAGGACUUGACAUCAAGACCUGCGGUUUGAGGGUUCGAAAUCGUGGGAGGCAGAGUGGAAUUCUGAUGAGCGUCGGCGAUCAGCAAAACUGAGGUGGCUUAGAGUGUGCCCGUCAAUCCAACCACGCCACUUCCUUGAGAGGAUUUGUCAGGAAGGAUGUCGCAUUUUGUGAAGGACGCAAUGCAUGAGCUGAAAAGCCGGAAAAAGUAAGAUUUUUGAUGAAGGAUCCUAGGAAGUGGAACUACACACAAAAGAAGGAAAUGUGGGCGGAUACGGAAAUUUAUUGGCGGCGUCCUAAAUUCCUGGUUGUCCUUUCUCAGUGUCACUGAGAGAGUUGUCCAGGAAGCAUGAGGAAAAUAAAAGUUUAAUCAAAUCAGUAUUCAGAUAAGGGCACAGCCCUCUCUUAAAAGUAUGUGGAUAAUCUGAUAAUGUUUUAUUUAUUGGAAGAUUAAUACAGAGAAAAGUAUACCUGGAAUUGAAAAAAGAGAACGCUUAGAGGUGGAAGAAGCGGGAGGAGGUAUAAUCAAGGAAGAAUUGCGAAGAUUGUAUGAGUGACUACCAGGGGUAAGUGCUGAAAUCCGGGGAAGAUUUGAACUAUUAUUAAUGCGAAAUAGGAGACAAAAACCUGCUUCUAGUCUUCGAAACCAUAAAAAUUUUAGGUAAGUUAUCUGGUAUCUAUCGGGAUAGGAAAUAAGUGGGUGUUGCGAACCCAAGAGUCUUUUAUUAAAAUGCCUUCGAACAUUUUCAAUUUUUGAACGAUUAGCCUCUCAUUAAGCCAAAGAAUGAACAACAACGCUCGAGAAUGGGAAGUACAAACAUUCGAUAGAGUUUUAAUUUAAUUUCAGGAAGACAGAAAUUUUAGGAAACAAAGCCACAAAUCUAGGCUGCUUUGGCCGUACUUCUGUCGGCGUGUGGCGAGAGGUCUCGAUUAUUGGCGUAGCUUAAACCUAAAUCCUUGAUGGUGGUACAUUCAGUCACGGGUGCACCUUGAAAGACCACUGGUUUGGGUAGCCUAUCCAGUUCAAAGCAUAAAAAGCGACAUUUUUAUGGAGAGAAUUCCGUUAACCAAUUUGAGCUCCACGCUAAAGAUCAAGCAAGUCAGCAUGGAUUUGAUCCCGGCAUUGAAGGAUCGUAGAUUUAUUGAAUGAAUAUGCAAAUUUGACAUAAUCAGCCUAACUAAAGGACUGAGAAUGUUUAACUGCCGACGAGAUAUAAUUUAUGUACGGCAGGAACAAAAGAAGACCUAAAACGGUACCUUGUAGGACACCACUUACAAUAAGGCUCUCACUGGAGAAUGAAGAUCCCACUAAAACCUUCUGUCUAUGAUUAGACAUGUAUGACUUGAUAGGGUCUAUAAAGGAACUGUGAAUUCGCAGAGCUUAUAAUUUAACUAACUCUGUGGCGCUUUAUCAAAGAUUAUACUAAGAUCAAAAUGAAUGACGGCAACAGAUAGAUGGUCAUUACGAAGAGAAGUAGACUGAGAAAUUACAUAUGACAUGCUUCACAAGAGCGCUUAGGUAAAAGGCCAUGUUUGGAAGCCAGAUUUAAAUACUGAACUAAUAAUAGAAGUUUUCCAACAGUCUGGAAAAAAGCCAUUUUUGAGAGAAAGACUGAAAAGAGUUUGCUAGGCAGAGGAGGAAAACCUCUUAACUGUUUUAUAAGAGAGAUCUGAAUAUUAUCUGUACCUACUGAGUGCGAGUUAGUAAGCUGGUUUAUCAGUUUUUAAAUAAUUGCAGGAGCAAAAUUAAUGGCGGCGAGGGAGGCAUCAAACAUAGGAGGAAUUGAAGGGAUUGAGUCAGUCUUAAUUGUGAAAUGUUUGGUAAAGAAUGAAUUUAACUUUUCUGCUUUUCCUGACUCCUCUGUAAUGAAGGUCUCGUUGGAAAUAAGCAAGGGCGGAAUGACUUGGUGGGACUAAGCUGAUGAUCUUUGACAGAAGACCUGGGCAACAGAUCUAGAAGCAUUCCAGCCACUAACAACUAAAGACUCUCUAGGCCUAUCUCGUGCGAGCCUACGAUUAUCUUGACAUCGAAUGAAGUCUGUGAUUUUUUAAAAUAAUUCACAUACUUGACUUUUAUUUCCGGGGUAAAAUGAGGGAUUAUAUGCACAUCCGAUUAAGGCUUUCCUAUUUUGCGGAAGGAUAACCGAAGAGAAACAGAUUUUCAGAGGAUGAAGAAACGUUCAGGUCAUAAGGCGAAUGUGCAAGUGAGGCUCUGACGUAAACAAGGCAGCCACCUCAACGUUUUAACACGAUCCUGGCGGUAUAAUCUGAGGGCUCUAUAGCGAGCGUCGAGUCUGAAACUAGAGAGUGCGCCCAAGAUUCUGCAAUGCACAAAACAUCUGUGUCAGACUCAAAGGCCACACCACUUAGCUGCACCAUCUUUUGCCCUACUGAUCUUGCGCUGAGAGAGGCCAUACUGAGCGUAUUCCUAAGAUACAGGCUUCGCUCAUUAUUACUUAUAAAAAAGGAAGAGUUCGUGCUGGAAAAUUAAGCUGUAGGGAAGAAGUAAAGGAUGGAAAACAAAGUUGCUGAGGUCCGAAAGUUGUGGGGAAUUACCACUAACUAAAUGCAGCACUGUAUAGAGACACAGUUGCUGAGGACUCAUGAAAAGGAAUGCUAUUUCGUGGGGUUGGAAAAACAGGAGGCAUACAAAUAGGACUUUGAGAAUUUUGAGCAUAAUAUGAUGGGUGAUUUAUGUUAGAAAAUGGACUAAAUGGGUUCGAGAAACCGUUUACCUUAUGAGAAGGCUUUGUUAUAUGGGCUGUCAGGCUAGCUGUGUGAUUGUGAAAAUUAUCAGCAACACUGCAUACUUACAGCCUACAGACCGGUAUGUUAGUGGGCUUCCCAGCUGUAAUGUCUUCGUUAAAUUGAGAAUUCAGGAUAGGACCAGGUAAAGAUCGUUCUGGGCUAGUAUCUGCCUUAUUUGAUUUUACCGCUUGGUCAGACUUGGUUGGCCUGAGACGGGAACGGUAUGGAUUCGACCCGGGUUUAUUAACUAAUUCAUUAUUCUGAGCCAUGGAGGUCGACCGCACCUCUAGGAUUUUUCCAUCGUUACUGUUAAAAUCAAGCGUUCUGGUAAAACUGGCAGCAGCAUUUGAGCAAUUAUCGCUUCUUGGAGGCGUUUCAAGGUGACAGGUUUCAACUAAAUCAGUGAUAAUGUGCUUGGCUGAAGAGGCUAGAUGGAACUAGCGCCGCCGCAAAUAUGGGGAACAUUUGGUUGACGCCUGAUGGGGAAUAUUCCUCGGAGGCAAAUGGCUGGAGACCAGAAUUCUGGGACGGCUGUACGUUUGCUAAUGAGGGGGAACACUGCGUUGCAGUGGAGUUUAUCCCGACCAAUGAAAAGCUUAUUUCCUCUAAGAUACUGAGCUGAGUGCUUCAAAUAGGAGAAAAUAAAACUCACUCCUAUCAGCAAAAAUAAUUUGACAAGAGUUGGUGGAUUUUUUCUCCUAGAUGAAAGUCUUUUAGCUUCAACUACCUUAAAACUGAGGCCACAAGAGUAGGGGAACUGGAAGGCGACAUCGAUGGGCUGUCUAUUCUUAGGAACAUUUUUAAAAUAAAAUUAAAACUUCGCUUGCGCCUGUCGUCGGUCACACUAACAACGAGGUUGAUGAGAGGCAUGAGAUUCUCGCAUUGCUAAAACGUAAGUGUUGGCACCCUUCCUUCAAGAAGAACAGUAAAAAUAGAAAAAAUGACCCGUAACGAGACAUAAAAUUGUUAAAAAUAUCGAGCGCUUCCAGGUCUAUUUUUCAUAUUGACGAUGGGUUUUAAACGAUAUGCUUGGAAUUUAAAUUCCUUCAAACAUCGAAGAAGGUUUGCCUGAAGUUUCAUGUCGAAGAAAAACAAGACAAGAGCUUGCUCCUAAUUAAUAGGGACGAUAGCUGCCGAAACUUUGAGAAUAUAAGGGUGGGACUAGAUUAUCAAAAAAUUUCUGAAAGUUCAGGAUUUGGGAGCUAAGCUACCGAUGUCGGUAGACCAGACAGCACAAUUGUCACUAGGCGAUUUUUACUUAAUAAUAGAAUGCAAUGGUAAAACAAAAGAUAAAUGACAAUUUCGUUGAUGAUAAAACAAAACUAUAAUAAAAUUUGUAUUUGAUAGCUUUUUACACAACUACUUGAACACGUCGCCUGUACGUUCACCGGCUCCACUUGUAAAAACUCCCAUUACUCCUGGUCCCGUCUUACAGGUGGCUGGGCUGAGACGAGCAUUUGUACUAACUGAUAAGAAAUUGUUCGGUAAAACCUAUGGGCAUUCAUUCGGUCUUACUUGGAAUAUGCCGCACAGGCUUGACGUCUGCGGCUCAAGAAGGAUUAUCAACUUCUGGAAUGGGAGCAGGUGAGGGUCACAAAUAGAAUGAAGAUUCAUUGUCAUCUGCCUUAAGAGACCAGACUUGGUGAACUUCAUUUGUUUCCUCUAAAUUACAGGCUACUUCUCGGUGACUUCAUACAAGCCUACCCGUCUGUUAGAGACCGUGAGUGUACCCUAGAGUUUGGUGAUUUCUUCGAAUUUGUUGGAACGAAGUCUCUGCGUUGUCAGCCCAUUAAACCGUAGGGAGUGUUGGCCUUCACGGACGUUUGACGGAGCGCCUUCCAACAGAGGGUAGUUGAAGCCUGAAACGGACUCCCUGCUGUGGCGGUGCUUGCAGACAUUGUUAAGGCAUUUGAUGGAUGAGUAGAUACUCAUUUGCAGAGAAGCUACCGUACAUAUAACUAAGAUUUUGUCCGUGACUGCAGCUUUCGCAUGGCUCACACAUAUCAAUGAUUUUCUACUUCCCAUAAUUACUGCCGCGGAAAUCAUUGUCGUUGCUUUUUCAGAUAUGACUAGAGAGAUCCAUGACAGAAGCCUUCUUCUAUGAGCAAAGUAACUAUCUCUAAAGGGUAGUAAUUUAACGUCUAUCUUACAGCAACCAUUAUAUCCGGCGAUUGAAAAUCGCGCCGCUGAAAACGAAAAAUGAUCAAAAGAUCGUAGUAAACAGGCAGUCAUGCGUUAGUCCUGCUGAAUCAAACCUUCCUAAAUCGGUGGAAGGUUGUAGCCGGGAUGCACGCGAUGAAGACUCUGUAGGUAUGAUUAUACCGCAAGACCGUCUAGUUGAUCGCAGUAAAUGCAUCGUUAUAAAGGGCAUGCCUGAGUCCGUUUCCGACGCUUCAAAGGACAGAAUACAACAUGACAUAGAAAUAUUCCAGGAAUAUCUCAAAUCGAUCUUAAUAAGAGACGAAAAAGUCACAGUAUUAAAGGCUUUCAGGAUGGGCAAAAUUAAAGACUCAAAACAAGAUCCAGACCGACCGAGACCGUUAAAAAUUGUCUUUGAGAAUGACGAACAAGCACAGCUACUUUUGAGCAGGAAAGCUGCGCUUAAACACGCCCAUCCAUCAGUUUUUUUUCAGCGGGACUUUUCACCCGCGGAGCGAGAAAAAUGGAGACGGCUCAAAUUGGAAGUCCUCAGGCGGUCGAGUCUGGGCGAGACAAAUCUCAAAAUAGUGGACGGAAAAAUUAUACGCGUCCAGAGGCCAUUCCUCUGGAGAAAGCCCAUAACUCUAACAGCUUAGGAGUGAAGGAAAGCAGUUCAUCCCGAUCAGCUCCGACCGGCUUUUGCAUUCAAUCCCAAGAACUGGAAAAACGCCAGUAUGCCGGAGUUGCUCAUGCCAAAUUGAGAUUUUUGUAUACCAAUGCUCAAAGUCUCGUUUCGAAAAUCGACGAACUCAAAGCGAGAGUACCGGAACAAAUCCCCGACGUCAUCGCCAUAACGGAAACUUGGCUUAAUGCCGAAAUCAUGGAUGCUGAGAUUUCGAUACCGGGUUACCAGCUGUUUCGUAGAGACCGUCAAAAUAGGCAGGGCGGAGGGGUAGUCGUAUAUGUAAGGGAAGGAAUUUCAGCAGUUAAAAGAGCCCACACCCUCUCCCUUGAAUAUAAAUCCGUCUGGAUAAAGAUAAAGAAGAGCAAUGCACAAAAUCUAGAAUUUCUGGCAAUUUACAGACCACCAAAUCUUCUGAGUGCAGCUGAUGAGUCGCUCCUUGGUUUAGUCAAAGACGUAGCUAGCCACCAAGAGGUACUUAUUGCUGGGGAUUUCAACGCACCUGCAAUAGAGUGGGAAACUAUGGCAGUUAACGGUGGACCAGCCUCUUUCAGCAAUAAGCUACUGGACCUUACACUCGAUCUCUCUCUGGCGCAACAUGUGAAGGUACCAACAAGAUUUCGAGAGAACCAGAGAGCAAAUUGUCUAGACCUAGUUUUCACUAAAGACUUCUCUAAUAUCGACGAAGUGCAUUCCAAUGCACCUCUCGGGAAAAGUGACCAUACUACGCUACUAUGGGAUUACUCGCUCUUCUCUAAACGCCAGAAGAGAACAGAGGGCCAACCUAAUAUAUGGAAGGCAGAUUUUAAUAUGAUGAAGAACGAAUUGCUGUCCGUGAAUUGGGACCAAAUACUCAGGGGAGAUCCGGAGGACGACUGGAGAUCUUUUAAAACGAUUUCACUCGAUCUGAUUAGGCGCUGUUGUCAACCUAAAGUACAAAAAACAACUGGUCGACCUGCUUGGUUAACUAGGGACCUAAAUAGGCAGCUACGGAAGAAAAGCAAAAGAUGGAAAAUAUUCAGGGAAACUGCGUCACCAGCGCAUUUCGAAGAAUUUCGUCGUCAACGAAAUGCCGUCAAAAAAUGUAUCCGUCAGGCACGGGAGGAGUAUGAAUCCAAAAUUAUACGACAGGCUGAACAGAAGCCUAAGAUUUUAUUUCACUAUCUGAACAGUAGACUGAAAAAUAAGGACCCGGUCGCGGUGCUGAAGGAUGAUAAUGGUGUAGAGAUCAUUGAGAACAGCGAGAAAACCGAACACUUAGGACAGUAUUUUGCCUCCGUUUUUACUAGAGAAACAGAGUUUCGCUGUCGCAGUGCCGGCAAUGCUCUUGAGACUGUUGGUCCCGUGCUUGACUCCAUACUCUUCCCGGCAGCUGCCGUGGAAAGGGAGCUGAAAAAUCUCAAAGAAGCAAAGUCCUCGGGUCCGGACAAUAUACCGGCCAAAUUCUUGAAGGAACUGGCGAAUGAACUUUCCAAACCACUGGCGCACAUCUUCCGCUCGUCAUUCGAAUUAGGGAGGUUGCCAUCGGAAUGGAAGAUAGCAAAUAUCUUUCCGAUAUACAAGGGCGGGGCUCGCACUAAUGCUAACAAUUACCGGCCUGUUAGUCUAACCUGCAUCUGCUGUAAAAUAAUGGAGGCCAUAGUUAAGAAAGCAACUAUGGAGUUCCUGGAGCAGGGCCAUUUAAUCUCAGACCUGCAGCACGGCUUUAGACAGAACCACUCGUGUCUUUCCAGUUUAUUGCUCUCGACGGAGCAGUGGACUCGCGCAAUGGAUGAGGAUGGGAGGGUUGAUGUCAUAUGCACAGACUUUAAGAAGGCGUUCGACAGCGUCCCACACAAACGCCUAAUCUACAAACUUUCGGAAAUUGGGAUAAGAGGAACGCUGCUGACAUGGAUAACAGAUUUUCGUACCGGGAGAUCGCAAACCGUGUGCAUUGAGGCCUCAAGGUCAACUCCUACUCCCGUUCUAAGUGGUGUACCCCAGGGCUCCGUCUUCGGGCCGUUGCUAUUCCUGGUUUACAUUAACGACUGCGUCGACGACCUGGGAUGCAGCGCCAUCAUGUUUGCUGACGAUGUUAAGCUGUGGAGACCCAUCAGAUCUGAUGCAGACAGGUACGCGCUUCAAGACAGUCUCAACCGCCUAAACAGUUGGUCAGCUCGCUGGCUCCUCAAUUUUAAUGUGGACAAAUGUGUGGUCCUGAGACUCCGCACCAGACGGACCAGUAAGGAGGACGAUUCCUUUCAAUGCGUCCUUGGUGGUCAGCCCCUUUCAGAUGUUGUGGAACAGAAAGACCUGGGCGUCCUAAUGACCUCCUCGCUGAAACCAUCUUCACAGUGUCAAAGGGCAGCCGAAAGUGCGACAAGGGUGUUAUUUGCGCUGAGGCGAGGAUUUGUGCAGAUCGAUAAAGAACUGUUUGGUAAAACCUAUGGGGCAUUCGUCCGGUCUCACUUAGAGUAUGCAGUCCAGGCCUGGCGACCGUGGUUAAAGAAAGAUUAUCAACGACUGGAAAGAGUACAGGCGAUGGCUACGAAGAUGGUCAAGAAACUUCAUCAUUUGCCUUACGAAACCAGGCUGACCGAACUAAAUCUGUUUCCUCUAAAUUACAGGCAACUGCGCGGUGAUCUCAUUCAAACCUACAGGUUUGUCAGAAGCCGUGAGUGUGCCCUAGACUUUGAUGAAUUCUUUGAAUUGGCCCGGACUGACCGUCUGCGUGGUCAUCCGUUCAAACUACAAAGGAAGCGGGCUCAUUCGGACGUCCGACGGAACGCCUUCUCACACAGGGUCAUCGAGGCAUGGAAUGGACUCCCUGAUGCCGUCGUUCUUUCCGAAAGUGUCAAAUCCUUUAAGUGCAGACUAGACGCUCACUUGUUGAGAACCUACUGUACAUACAAUAAUGAUUGUUUUAGCGGCGGAAGUUUGCGCCUAGCUCACACUUACCGCUAACUUCUUAACUUUUCGCAUUUGCUGAUGUAAUUGAUGACUUUAUUUCUGUUUAUCGAUAUGAAUAGGGUGCUCAAGGGCGAAAGCCUCAUUCCCUUAAUAAACUGACUUAAAACUGACUUGAAACAAGCUUCAGCCGCCUUCCUGCCAGAUAAAUACUCCGACAGGGGAUUUGAAACUAUAACUUGUCAGUCUCGUCAGUUUAAUAUUGCAAAUCAUGGGGAAGUCAUCUUUUGUAGUCUGUGCAACUUUCUGCACGAGUACAAACUGACGUAUCCCUGUUAUCAUAGCCUUUUUAAGGAACCAUAGUGCCACAGAAACCCCGCCACGAAAGAACUUCUGUGCAGAAAGCUAGACAGCAGGUAAAUGUCAAGACUGUGUUUCUAGAUCUGGACAGGACAUCGAAAUCCGUUGGUCACCAACUGUUUAUUAAUAAAUUUUGCGGUAUGGUCUUGCGGGAAGCGUGAGCACGUGGAUUAUAAGUUUUCUAGACCAUAGGCCUUCUGGACAAAUUUGGUAAGUUGUAUAAUUGACAUUUCGAGCUCAUAGCGAUGUUACAUACGAGCCUCCAUCGGGCUUUAUUCUUCCUGAUCUACAUUUAUAACCAAAGGGAGAGAGCCUUUUUUGAAAUUGAGUCGUCAUUCUUUCUGCUCAUCAUUAACAUUGGAAUUUUCCCACAUGCAUAUAUGUUGUCAUAUUUUACUCAUUACACACCGAUCUUUUCCCGUUUUUGUUCAUUUGAACCACGAUAGCGAAUUCAUCUGCACACUGCGCUAGCGCCGUUUUAAAGGAGGUCACAGUUGACGGGAUUUUGCAAAUCAUUCACCGGUGAUUCUUCGUGAGGUCGGCGCUUACAGUUUUCGGCAAUUAUCCCUCGCCAUCUUCUAGUGUUAUCUGUUUUCGUACACAUCUUACCCAGUGUGCAUAAGGGACUAUUUCUGAAAAUUCUGAAAUGAUGUUUUCGUAAAAAGGUUGUCCAUUUUAGUGUAAGUUUUUAGCAUAAGUCCCCAGUCGUGUUGGCUGGAGGGAUAUCACUAUGGGUGGACAGUAAUUGCCACCUAUCCUAAGCAGUCUAGAGACGAUUUUUUAAAUUCGUCUUUUAACAGCAUUAGAUAGCGAAGAUUCUGCACUUACAGGAUCAGUUGUCGUUAAAAGAGAUAUUAAUUAUCCCAGCCUGGUACAAUAGAAACGAUAUGUAGAAAGCUGUUAGCAAGAUUUAAGAACACUCUUCCUCUUUUGCUUUUGAAUUCGCCGCCUUGCUGAGCGUUAUAAUCGGAUGGUAUACGCUGGAUUUUUCAGCAAAUCGUCGACUGUUACUCAACAGCGUGGUCUUCAAACCAUGUACCUGGUCUAAAACCAUAAGAAAAUGCUAUUACGCGUAUUUACUCUAACUGUCAUCCAGUUCCAGGGAAACGAGGCAGCGGAUGCAACUACCCACGUCGUAAUAGAGAUGGCAACACGCAAAUUUCCAAGAUGAUUAGUGGAGUGAAUGAUGUGACAUAACUGUUUAUUCGAAGUGACAUCAGGAUCAAAGAUUGGCGAACAUGACCUGACUAUCUUCAAGAGAAAGCCGCUUAGAGGAAUACGACAACACAUAGCGUUCUGGCCGGAGAAACAAAAGCUGAUUAAACCCAUAAAGAGACGGAACGGACCAGCAAGAAAUUACGUUCAAAGGGAUGCGGUAUGACCCAUAACAGUGGCAAACGCAACCGAAAAUGCGGUUAGAGAAAAAUUGCAUAUCAAUGCCCAAAGCCUGAUAUCUAAAUUUGACGAUCUAAAAGUUUAUUAUGUCGAACUGUUUCCGGUUCUGACAUUAGUGGCACAGACUUGGCUGCCCCUUAAUAUUUCAGAUAGCGUAAAUACGUUGUCUGAAUAUCAAAUACGCUGGGGGACAGGGACAACGUCAGGGUGUUAAGAUAAUUAUGUGCAUGAAAGCGGUUCUGGUGAUCUCGAAAAAGACCACCAAGAUGGCGUGCAGCACAUAAAUUAUUUGUCUGACCAUCAAGACUACAGGUUUCCCGCGUCCAGAUGUACUCACUGUCCACUACGAAGACCAGACCGAAUCGCUAACACUCACCCAUUGAAGCAGUUAUCUAGUGGACCUAGUGUCGUCAUCAUGAACGACUGAAGAGCACCAGGAAUUAACUGAAGAUCGGCUCGAAAGUCAUGCGCAAAAUCUACCUCCUACGUAUUUCUACAGAAACUGCUGAAUGCGUUCCGCACACAACGCGCCAUGUUUCCAAACAGAGCAUGUGAGUGAGUGUCCUCACUAUAGUCGUGCGUUCAAAUAAUAAGUAGCGUAAGGCACAACGGAACGAGUGAGUUCCGUAAGAAUUAUCAGUGAGCGCUUGUACACCAGUGUAGCGCUUUAUCGAAAUAUACAUUAAUAUUAGCUGCUUAAGGGCUAAUUAAUGUCAGGUGAGUAAGUUCGUUUGUGUUACGCUUAUUGAUGAUGCUGUCCAUUUUAAAUUUAUUUGUUUUCGGGUUGUCUCGAUGUUAUUCAAGUGGCUGGCAUCGUCAAGGCCCUUUUGUACCAACUUCUGUAUCAAGGAGUUGACUUGAAAACUGUCCCAUCUUAUUCAAAAAUAUACGUUUAUUGCUAUUUAGAAGGAACUUCUUAGUUUUCAUUUCAAAAUUCGAUUGGGUUUCAACAUUUUCGUAUAGAACUUUCGAGGGAAUUCCAGAAAGUCACAUAUCUAAUCGAGCAGACAGUUGAUCUUUGGGACUUUGAAUCUGGGGGUCCCUAUAGAUCUUCGUUAUUAUCGGUGUUUCAGGGGGCCUUUUUGUUUCGGUAGUAAAUUUGGUUUGAGACUAUCUUGGUUAGGUUUGACCGUGAAUAGGAAAUUGAAACCAUUUUGGAGUCUUCUGAUGCAGAGGGGUCAGAUACUAUAUUAAUGAUAUAGUCCAAAUUAUGAACCAUGGGUGCCAUCACAUUGGGGCAGAGAUCUAGCAGAGCGUCUUUGAAUGCCUUCUAGUUUCUUUCAGCCAUCUGAGGGCAGUAUACCAAAGAUAACUGAGCAGUAAUCUAGGAGGGAAAGAGCAUACAUUUUAAAAAGUUGAAAUAUUCGCAAAUGAACCCUCGCCAGCAUCUACGCUCCCCCGAUGGCCAGCCCUGAUGCCGCAAUGGACAAAUUCUACGAGGACCUGCACACCCUUCUGGCGACUGUGUCGAAGCUGGAUAAGUUGAUUGUCCUUGGUAACUUCAACGCCCGCGUCGGCAUAGACCACGCUGCUUGGAGAGGAGUGCUGGGUCCCCAUGGUCUCGAUGGCUCCUAUGACAGUUGCCUACGCGUCUUACGAACCUGCGCAGAACACUGCCUCAUCCUGACUAACAACUUCCGCCUUCCGACGCGAGAGAAGGUCACUUGGAUGCACCCUCGGUCGCGACACUGA